UGUGUACGAUAUGUAUGUGUGAGUGCAGACAUGCCCUGCUAUAGUGUGUGUGUGUGUGUGUCGGAGGACAUCCUUCAGAAAUCAGGUCUUUCCUUCUACUUUGGGAUCCAGGGAUCAAACUCAGGUUGUCAGGCAAGUGCUUCAGAAGGAAAGAUGACUGAGCCAUCUUUCUGGUCCUUAUUUUAUUUUUAAAAUUAGCUUACAAGGCAUUGGGUUCCUUAUGGACUGUUUCUAUAUAAACAGAUACAUGUUCGUUUUGCUUGACUCUGCUCCUCACUUGCUUUCCUUUCAUCUCUCUGCUCCCCAUUCUCACCCUUCCACCCCACUUAUCCAUUUCUCUAUCCAUAUCACACCUUCUAUUACCUCCUUCACCCUUGUCCCUUGUGGGGCCCAUGUCUCUUUUAUGGGUCCCUUUCUAGUUGUCUGGCCUCUACACACACUCCAACGUAAAUACACAUAUGUAAAAAUUAGAAGUGGGGAUCCACAUAUGAGAGAGGCUGUGUGGGGCUUGUCUGUCUCAACCCCAGUCUCCUCACUCCACACAGUCCCUUCCAGUCCCAUUCCUUUCCCUGCAAAGUCUAUACUUUGCUUUUUCUUCAUGGCUGAAUAAUAUUCCACUAUAUAUCCUGUACUCCCUUUUUAUCGCUCCGGUGGCCCAGGCAUAGAUGAACACCUGUGGAAGUACAGGUGACAGAUGGACAGAUUGGGCUCCCCAGGGGAAGACAAGCAGGGAGGACAGAAACCAAAUGUCAUACGCAAGGCCACUCCCAGUUUAUGAGAUCUGGGGCAAAGACUCUUUGAAGUGGUAAUAAAAUUUAGCCUGCUAGGAAAUGACGAUGGCUGAGAGUCCUGACUUAGCAAACGCAAUUGAACAAUUUUUUUUUUUCUUUUACAAGGAAAGACAUUCUGAUGGAUAGCAAAAAUGACAUUCUAAUGAGAUAGGCUUUCGGGGACUGGAGAGGGCUUUCCCAAGAGCUAAAGACCUGGAACACGCCACCACCCCAUCCAUGGAGAGUGUAUAUAAGCACUGCAGGGAGGCUGGGAGAGUCCACAGCCUGAGCUCCUGCCUAAGCUGCCACCUUCUUCGCUAGCGUCAUGGCCACCCAGAUCUGCACCCCGACCUUCUCCGCCGGGUCUGCCAGGGGCCUCUGUGGCACCACCAGCAGCUUCUCUCGGAUGUCUUCCAUCCAUUCCAUGGGCUCCUGCAGGGCCCCCAGUUUGGUUGGCACUGUGGGGCCCAUGUCCUCCUUCAGGACAGGCUUCUCCGGCCUUGGGGGCUGCUUGCCGGGCCCCUAUCUGUCCUCUGGGUGCCAUUCCUCUGGCUUCGCCGGCAGCGGGGGCUGGUUCUGCGAGGGCAGCUUCAAUGGCAACGAGAAGGCGACCAUGCAGGUCUUGAAUGACCGACUGGCCAACUAUCUGGAGAAGGUGCGGCAGCUGGAGCAGGACAAUGCGCAGCUGGAGUGCCGCAUCCGGGAAUGGUACGAGUGUCAGGUCCCAUACAUCUGCCCGGACUACCAGUCCUACUUUAAGACCGCCGAAGACUUGCAGCAGAAGAUCUUACUGACCAAGUCUGAGAACGCCAGGCUUGUGUUGCAAAUUGAUAAUGCCAAGCUGGCUGCUGAUGACUUCCGGACCAAGUAUGAGACGGAGCUGUCCCUGAGGCAGCUGGUGGAGGCAGACAUCAACGGCCUGCGCCGGAUCUUGGAUGAGUUGACUCUGUGUAGGGCUGACCUGGAAGCUCAGGUGGAGUCCCUGAAGGAGGAGCUGCUCUGUCUCAAGAAGAACCAUGAAGAGGAAGUCAACACACUCCGUUCCCAGCUUGGGGACCGACUGAACGUGGAGGUGGAUGCUGCCCCUCCAGUGGAUCUCAACAAGAUACUGGAUGACAUGAGAUGCCAGUAUGAGACCCUGGUGGAGAAUAACCGCAGAGAUGUGGAGGCUUGGUUCAACACUCAGACCGAGGAGCUGAACCAGCAGGUGCUGUCCAGCUCCGAGCAGCUGCAGUGCUGCCAGACAGAGAUCAUCGAGCUGAGACGCACCGUCAACGCCCUGGAGAUCGAGCUGCAGGCCCAGCAGAGCAUGCGGAAUUCUCUGGAAUCUACCCUGGCCGAGACAGAGGCCCGCUAUGGCUCCCAGCUGGCUCAGAUGCAGUGUCUGAUCACCAACGUGGAGUCCCAGCUGGCUGAGAUUCGCUGUGACCUGGAGCGGCAGAACCAUGAGUAUCAGGUGUUAUUGGAUGUCAAGGCCCGGCUGGAGUCAGAGAUUGCCACCUACCGCUGUUUGCUGGAGGGCGAGGACUGCAAGCUUCCUGCCCACCCUUGUUCCACGGAAUGCAAGCCUGCUGUAAGAGUUCCUUACACCCCCUCUACACCCUGCACCCCGGCUGGACCCUGCACCCCAGCUCCUCAGGUCAGCACCCAGAUCCGUACCAUCACCGAGGAGAUCAGAGAUGGAAGAGUUGUCUCCUCCAGGGAGCACGUGGUGCCCCGUGCACUGUGACCAGCCACAAGUGAGGCCUAGGCCACAGGAAGGAGGACGCCUUGUGGCUUUUGGCAGCUAAAUGAUUUUGCACCUCCCUAGGGCCCUCCUUGCUUAGCAGGUUUUUCUACUAAAAUUCAUCUAUUGUUUCUGGUCUUAACUGUGCUUUUUACGCCAUGCAAACCAGGUUCCCCUGGAAACAUACCCAAUAAAGUGUUCUCUUGGCAUAGCAAA